AUGAUGUCCCAUAUCCAAUCAGCGCCAUCAUUCCGCGAUCAAGAAGAUGCUGGAGCAACAACCGGACAUGCGCCAAUGAAUCCAAUUCAUCCCGGAUUCAGGUAAGA